AUGAGGUGCGUCAUCCGAGGCAUAAGCUACCUUUGUCUAUUCAUGGCACUUACCAAUACCCUGGCGUUAGGCUUCAACUUCGACAACGGGAUCACACAAAAGAAAUAUUUGGUCCUUCCAAAAUCUUAUUUUGACUGCAAAAAUUAUAAUGUUAUAAGUAAGAGGAAAUCUUCCCUCAGCGUCAACCAUGGACAACUGUACUGUGACGAAGACCCCUUCUGCAACUACUUCCUAUAUAAUGGCACAAAGCAAGAAAUCCGACUUUGCUAUGACAAAAAAUUUGUCCUUAAAAGACCAAUACAUGACGAAAUGUGGCUUACCAGCGUGAAGGAAAAAAUCUUUGAGCAAUUCGCCCCCGCUCUUGUAAACACACAAGGAAUAUGUAACCACAAGGUGGACAAAUUUUCAUUUCAAACCCUAAAUGAAGCCAUAAAAAAGGCAAAGGAAAAAAUGCAAAACUUUAUGGUACUGAAUUUUCAGCCUAUUCUGAAAGAUGGUAACAAACUGGAAAACAAAAUUGAAGGGUACUUCUGCGAAGUCAUAGAUUACUUCGUCGAUCGGGAAAGCUACGUCGUGUUCGAUUUUGCACAGUUGGAAAAUCCUCAUCAGUCAUGUCUCAGGACGAAGAAAUGUGGAGCACGCGGAUCGAUACAACCAGAUGAUAGCAAACAUGAGGACGGUGUCAACCCAGGAGAUGUGGUAGAAGCUCACAAAUUUUAA